AUGUCCGAAGCCGAGCCGUCCUACAUCGACUAUGAGGCAUUCCUAGACCCCGAGUUCUCACCAGCCGGAUUCGCCAAUUCACUAGUUCUGAGUACAAACAAUGCAACGGAUACCCCCCUGGAUCUCUCAACACCACUCUCACGCGUGCUGUUUGAUCUCCAAGAAAUUGACACUCAUAUUCAUGGGUUAACAACAAAGUCGGCACUGCCACUUUUAUCCCACACACAAACCCAAACUGCGGCCGCAGAGAAUAUCCUACAGGAAACGGGCACACAAAUCACAUCAGUAACCCAAGGAUAUGAGCGACUAGAGAAGGAGGUGCUUCAGAAAUGGCAAGCCGCUGAUCAGGCAAGGAUUGCGGCAGAAAACUCAUUGGCUACCGUCCGAUUAGCUAGAGCUGUUGCCCGCUGUUUGGCACUUGGGCGACAGCUUGAAAGCCAAGUGGCCGAAAUAACCGGACGUACCACUGGACCAGCUAUAGGAGCUGACGGAACAACCACUCCGACCGGCAAGGAAGGGUUCAAGGCACUGGAACGGGCAGCAAUUACCAUCCUAAACCUGCGACAAAUGUUUGGGGCAACCUCGGAGGAAGAUGAAGGUUAUGGCCUGGAUCGAGUGAAGGUCACCCGUACCUUGCGCAAUGAGUUUGUGAUCCCUGCAGAGAAUAUGGUCAAAUCAAGGGCACAGCAAACCAUCAACCGCUUUUCAUUAUCCAGUCCUAUGACCACCAAUGGUCAAUCAUCAGUACCAUCAAGCUACAAACAGGCUCGCGAAGCCCGAUCACGAUUGGCAACGGCUGCAGCCACUCUAUACCUCCUCUCACCUAUCCCAAAGGACGCCGUCACUGUUUCGGACUACAAGCCUGAACUUCUUCUUUCCACCCUGCAGGGGUACAUGCAGACAUCCAUCAUGACAUCUGCCAAUGCCCUCGCCAAGGCACUAUCUCAACUCCCCACAAUGGAUCGUGCCCUCGGUGAUAUCUCUGUACGAUGCCAAGAUAUUGUUGCCCUGGAGUCUAUCUUGCGAAAUAUCCGUCCACCCUCUCACCCUAUCCUCUCAUCAGCCACAACCUAUGAUCAACCUACCACGGACGCAGAAACAGUAGCUUCCAGUCAGACAAAUCUCCUCCAGCUUCUCCUUCAGGCACUCGAUACCUCAUCCCUGCCCUCCUACUAUUGGCGAUCACUAGCUUCCGCCCUCACGUCCCGCGUGCAGGAAAUUGUCAACCGAGGGGGCGUGUCCGCACGCACAUUGCGAUCGAACCGAGAUCGGUUGAAGGCAGAAAUCAAAGACUGUGUGAUGCGUGCAUCCCAGGUCUCUGCCACUAACCUUUUGGCUGAAAAGGGUCGAACUGGAACGGAUACAGUGGUGGUAGGCAAUUGGGAACGGGAGGCUACCGUGAUGGUCAGCGCUGUGAUCGGUCCUCUGAGCCGAUAA